AUGUCUCGGGAGAAUGAGAAUAAAACUGCUGUGGAAUUGGCCACCAGGAUUGUUGGGAAGUGGAAGGAGACUUAUGAAUGGAUACCCAUAUUCGGAGGUUUUGCCACUAUUGCACUGGCAUUUUCAGUUGGUGCCAACAAUCUUCCAGCCCCGUUCUCAACAUCUGUAGGGUCAGGGGCUUUAACCCUUUUGAAGGCCUCAAUCAUGGCUUGCGCCAUAUAUGUUCCUGGAGCGGCCUCUGCAAGCAACAGUACUGUUAAUGCUUUAUUUUCUAAUUUCCUGAAAGAAAGUCAACCCACCGAAGGUUUCUUGAUGUGGAGCAUGGUAGUUGUUCUCCUCACAGCGACGAUAUGGCUUGCACUUGCAACAUUCCUAGAGUUACCGGUGUCAUCUCAGCAAUCCAUACAGGGAGCUAUGUUAGGAACCGUGCUAGUUACAGAAGUCCUUGUUCUAAAUGAUAGCAUAAUGCAGAAUGAUAAUCACAACUUUAAUGGUGGUGGACUGCUCUGGAUAUUGCUUGAAUGGACUUUUGCCCCGUCAAUUGCCUGUCUUUGUGCAUGUUUCCUCUUUGCUGUCUUGAAGAGUUCUCUACUUCGCCAUGAAAAUGCAAAGAAAAGGAUUCUUAUUUUCCUUCCUAUUGACUACGGAAUAUCUGCAGGAUUGCUUUGCUUCUUCAUCGUGUCUCAGGUCAUAGGAAACUAUGUGGAUGUUAAUAGAUUGACUGUUGUAAUUGCUGUUGCAGGGUCUGCCUUGAUUGGAGCACUAUUGUCUUUGGCUGUGGUGGUUCCGUUGGCAAUGAAAAAGCUUGCUGCUACCGAAAAUUAUAGAACAUCCAAGCAAAACGCGUCUAUGAAGGAUGAAUCUGUAGAAAGUCAAGUAACUGAAGGCCAGUCUAGUGGUGCAAAAGUGGAUGAUGAUGUUGAUGAUAUAUUGAAAAACUUUAUGCAGAUGAGAGUCCUUGAGACAGUCUAUGAAGAGGAAGAAAGAAGUUGGGCUUCACCGGAAGUGAUCCAAGAGUCUGAUCAGGUUCAACUUGUUUCUCAGUGUUCUGCUAAUACUAGUGCAGAGCAAUCCACUCCAUUUAAACAGCUGCUUAAGUCUACACCAAACAGGUUGAUACAAACAAGGAACUUUCAGAGGAUAAAAAAAUCAACGCCAAUUGAAAAUGCCAUUAAGUUUGUCAGAGAUAUCACAAAGUCCACACUUUCCCCUGUCCUUGAGUACGACAGAAGAACUCUCAUUCGGCAUGCCUUGGCUGAAAAAUACGAUGAGAUAGAAGACUACUUCAGUUUUCCUCAACUUCUAGCAUCAUGCGUCUUUGCGCUUAUGCAAUCCGCUAGUGAGAUAGCUGUUAUUGUGAAUCCAUUUGUAGCUAUUCUUGAUGUGUUCAAGCAUAGAUCGAAAUAUUCUGGAAAUGGGGAAGAUGCGGGGCAUCUACAAGUGAAGUGGUGGUUUAGAGGCAUUGGAGGACUUGUUGCUGCAAUGGGAUUUUUCCUAUGCGGGUGGAGGCUGACUCAAUGCCUUGGUGGAAAGCUGACAUACAUGAGCAACUCCAGAGGUUGGGCAUCCCAGUUGUCAACAGUGGCAGCAAUGAUUAUAGUUGCCAUGGUGAAUCUACCUGUUUCGAGCGUCCAUGCUUUUAUUGGUUCCUUGGUAGGAGUUGGGAUAGCAGAUGACCUCCGCAAUGUUAACUGGAAGCUCCUAUGCAAAUUCCUAUGUGGGUGGAUCAUGACCAUAAUCUUUAGCUGUGGGUUUGCUUAUUUGACCUUCUCUGCCUCCAUGCACACUCCGGCCUAUGCAGUGCCCUGAUCUUCGCGUCCAUAGGCCCUUCCAUUUUGCUCAAUCAAUGGCUAUCUUGGUUCUUCAUUUUCCUUGGUCACACCAAAUUUACAGAGACUUGUCUUGAAUACGACUUAAUCCAUUCAAAUUAAGGGAGUAUACACUGUAAAAUGGUGAGAAAAAAAAUAAAAGAAGAAUGUAGCGUUUUAAGUGGUUGGUUUUAGCUAAAAUGAAGACGAAGUUGGUUUUAACUUUUGUCAUAAAUGAACGGAUGGAGUUCGAAUCCGAAAAAAUUUGUUAAUUUUGGCCCAUGCAGGUCUCGAACCUGCGACCUUCGCGUUAUUAGCACGACGCUCUAACCAACUGAGCUAA